GGCCGCGGGACGGGGCCCGGCGCCGCUUCCGGGCCGCGCGCGCCAUGGAGCCGGCCGAGGCGGAGUUCCUGGCCGAGAAGGAGCUGGUGACCAUCGUGCCCAACUUCAGCCUCGACCGCAUCCACCUCAUCGGGGGAGACCUGGGCCCUUUCAAUCCUGGUUUGCCAGUGGAGGUGCCUGUCUGGUUGGCCAUUAACCUGAAGCAGAGGCAGAAGUGUCGGCUGGUUCCCCCAGAGUGGAUGGAUGUUGCAAAGCUGGAGGAAAUCCGGGACCAGGAGCGUAAAGAGGAGACCUUCACCCCCAUGCCCAGCCCCUACUACAUGGAGCUCACAAAGCUGCUGUUAAACUAUGCCUCAGACAACAUCCCCAAAGCUGAUGAGAUCCGGACUCUGGUGAAGGACACGUGGGACACUCGAGUGGCCAAGCUGAGGCUGUCAGCAGACAGCUUCAUCCGGCAGCAGGAGGCUCACGCCAAGCUGGACAACUUAACCUUGAUGGAGAUCAACACGACCGGGACGUUCCUCACUCAAGCCUUAGACCAGAUGUACAAGCUCCGCAGCAACCUGCAGCCUGGGCAGGGUGCCCAGUCCCAGGACUUCUGAGAACCGCCCCCCAAAACCCUUCCCAGCAGAGGGCAGCGGCUGGAGCCGGCUCCUCUCCCUCUGCCCACACAGAGCUCCGGGCGCUUGUACUUCCCCGAGGGAACUUCUGAGGGCAGCACAGGCCACACGCAGCCGGCUCCAUUUCUGUCCCAGCCUCCCAUGCUGGGGCAGGGAGAGGUUUGUGCUCUGCUGGGAGAAGGCUCCAUCUGCCCAUCUGCUCUGUGGACAAGGACAAAAGGAAAGGGUUUUGCCCCUCUCCAGAGCCAGGCUGAUGUGUAAUAUCCAGCUGAUUGCAGCCCCCUGGGUGAGAACAGGAAUGAGAGAGAUGGGGCUGAGCAGUUGGGGGGAGGUUUGUGUCUGGUUUUCUUUCCCAGCCCUUCAUGGGCUCUGCAUUGCCUUUCCCAACAGCCCCACUGCUCUGGGGGAAGAACUGGGGGGAAAUUGGUCCAGAAAAAGGUGAUAGUGAGGAGAGAGGUUCAGGCCAGGAGCUGCUCCAGCACCAGGCUCCUGCCCAGGGAAGGUGCUGCUGCUGGUGUUUCAACCCCUAGAGCAGGGAAAGGGAAGGGAAAGGGAAAGGAAAGGAAAGGAAAGGAAAGGAAAGGAAAGGAAAGGAAAGGAAAGGAAAGGAAAGGAAAGGAAAGGAAAGGAAAGGAAAGGAAAGGAAAGGAAAGGAAAGGAAAGGAAAGGAAAGGGCAAGGGCUGAGGUGAGCAGCAGCAGUGCUCAGAUGAAAGGGGCUGGGCCAGAGGCUGCCAAGGCAAUGGGGGAUUUCACAAAGAUUAGACUAAGUUCUGUCACAAGGGCAUUUUUGCUUUUUAAUCUGGUUGGUUUGGGGUUUUGUUUAGGUGAAGGCACUGGGGGGGGCAGGGAGAGGGGUUCAGGGCAAGGAGGGAAUGUAGAGCAGCCAGCAGUCACCUCUUCCCUGGCUGUGAGGGGGUCUCGGGGAAUUUCAUCAUUAAUCAAUAAUUGGAACAUGAACAUCCUUGAAAAAAGCCUCCCUGAGGAAUCUGGGUUAAAAAUGGCACCAUGUGGUACCAAACCUGACCCCCUUCCCCCCAGAGGGACCCAGUGUGGGCAGGGAGCUGCUUCCUGGGGCUCAGGAUUGUGGGGGAGUGUGUGACACACAAAACCACCCCAGUGCCCCUCCCAGCCCAAACCCUCCCUGUGUGUCUGGAACCCCUCCCCAGUGCUGUGACCCCCCCUCAACUGCCCAGGAAAAGCCCCAGAACCCAACAGAAAAGGGUUAAAACACAACAACCCCAAAGCCCAGGGGCUGAGGGAGGUGGGAGGGCUGAGCUUCAGCUUCCUCAGGGAUGUUGGAGGUGGGAAAAGAGCAGCCCCCCACCUUGGAAAAUGAAGGAGGGGAGGGUUGGAUGUUGUCUGUUUAACUUCUUUCACUUCAGUCUCUGUCCUGAGCAGCAGCAGCACAAACACUCAACAGCCUGUUAAAUCCUUUUGCCAAGGGAAAGAAAACAACCAAGAGGAAAGGAAAUUAAGGCCAGG